AUGAGUGGACGCGACGACGGCUGCGUGACCCAUCCAAACAUGCGCACCACCACAGCUACGGUGGUAAGCGAAGUCUUCGUUGUAAUCGCGUCAUCAUCGUGGCCUGUGGUGUUGCAGGAAGGGGACGAGAAGGCUUUCUUAUUUACCAUAACUGCAGGAACUGAGUCAAGCUCUGCAGACGUUGCAUUCCACAUUCUCGGGAAGUACAAUGGCCAAUACAGGCGUGAGCAACAGCCGGAAGCACUGGAGAUGACGGUCAAAGUAGAAGGAAGACAUUUUGUGGCAUGGUGCUCCAUCCCUUCAUCCCUUUUCAUAAUCUAUUCCAUCCUGUCAUUCCCAUUUGCCACAAUUGCGACCUCAUUUCCUCCAAUAUCGCUUGCACUUGAUGCAUGUGCCUCCAUCUUCUCCGCUUUGCAAAGCAAGUUCCACCGAAUCACCCAGAUGCAGUUGAAACUGAAACAGAAGCUCCUUCUCACAUAUCGCCUUGUAGGGCAUUUGGAGAAGAGGUGCUGUGCAGUAAUCCGGUCAAUGCUAGCAGAACAGCCUAUCACACAGAACGGAAUGACCCAAGUGGCUUUGGCGACACCACGGUUGACGGAGGUGAUAAGUCGGAUGGUUUACAGCUCGUGCCCCAAGUGCGAUAAGGUGGAAUCAAGGUGGAAGGAGGGGAGUGGCGGUGUGAUAGUGUGGUGUCAGUCAACUGUGAAUAGUGGAGAGGUGAGGCAAAUCCUGAUUGGUCAAUUGAUUUGUGUCAGUGGCAGUCCCAGUAUGGCAGCCUGGAGUUUCACACACACGAGAUUAAAAGUAGUUGUUGAUGAUGCUGUUGUUGCCGUUGCCUCGGACAGCAGCCGCAGUGCUUCAACGAGUUUAGCCACCUUGAGCAGAAGGACGUGUCGUCUCCACGAAGUAAAGCAGAGAAGAAUUUUGGACUGCCGAAUGGUGGUGGGAACUUCGAAUUUGUUUGCCAAGUGUGUUGUCUGUGCUAUCGUGAAGGGGAUGUCGAGACGUUAG